UUUUAGAGCAAUUAUAACUUAAGCAAUGAUAACAUUUAAUCCCUUGCGAUGGUAGCGAUCAAAGCGGACGAUCUACUACUGAACGGCUCGCGUUCAAUGCCUGGCAGUCGUCGAAACUCCAACCGGAGUAGUAUUUGUUACGACACUCUCACUCAACAGCCCUCUAAGGCGUCGCUCAUAUCGUCGGGCGGUUCGACGGGUCGGCGAUCGAUGGAUGAGACGACAUCUCCCAAACGGGGCGCCAGUUUCCGGCUCAACACAAGACACUCCGUCACUGAUCUAAACCCAGUGGACCCGUCGGUCAAAGAGCUAUUGGCGCCUCAAUACGAUCCGCGGACCCGACGCAAGAGCUCUUCAGCGUUGGCUCAGGCGAAACUCAAACGCAGUCUUUCCCUUCGCUCCGAUCAGACCAACACCAAUAGUCGUAGUGAUUCUGUGGGCUCCGCCUCUGACCUGCUCUGCGAUACAGAAAUGCAGAACCAAUUGGAGCACAACCGGUGCUGCGGAGAGAUUAAGCUCGGCUUCAUUAUGACCAAAGGCCUGCUCGAGAUUGAGGUGAUUUGCGCCCGCAAUCUAGCCGUAUGUGUGAACGGACAGCCACCCGACACGUAUGUGAAGAUAUACCUGUGCGAUAAGGGCCGACAACUUCACAAACGCAAGACCCGUGUCGUGCAAAACGAUUGUAACCCUCAGUAUAAGCAGACAUUGAAAUACGACGCCUCUAUGAUCUACGGCCGCACACUAUUGGUGUCCAUAUGGGAGCGCCAGAAGGGCUUUGAGCACAACAAUCCCAUCGGCGCCACUGAAAUCCAUGUCAAUAAAUUAGAGUUACAUAAACUGACUAUAAAAUGGUAUAAAUUGGAUACCUUUGAUAAUGUCAAACAAUUUUCUGAUUGAUUCAUGUAUUGCUGAUAAAUACGUUCAAUAUUUACGACAAACCCUUAAAUUGAUUUUUAAUCUGAAAAUAUACUUUUUAU